CAGACUUCUUCUUCUCCUCCCAGCAGCGGCUCCGCUCGUUUCUAUUCCCGGAGAGACCGCCUCCAUUUUAGCACCGACACCCGGCUCGCAGCAGACUGCGCGGCCGGCGGAGGGACACUCUCCUGCGGCUGAGCUGCUCACAGAUCCUCGGUCUUUUCUUUUGAUCGCGGGAUGGCGGCGCUGCGGCAGGACGCGGCCGGGGCGGCGCUGGAUUUGUGAGGAUUUAACGGCUCGUUUUCUGCGGUGAUAUAGUCUCUUUUGACGGAGCAGAGGAGGAGGAGGAGGGGGGGGGGGGUCUGCUUCGGAUGGUCAGGUUCUCUUUCAGGAUGUGGCGGUGAGCAUGCUCAUGCAUGCUGCCUGAUCCUCACCAUGGCGAUAUAUGGCGGACAGGCGUGCAGCGGGCAGGACAACUGCUCCGCCCACAGCGACUCUAAAGACUACUGCUACUCGGCCCGGAUCCGCAGCACGGUGCUGCAGGGGCUGCCGUUUGGAGGAGUGCCCACCGUGCUCGCCCUCGACUUCAUGUGCUUCCUGGUGCUUCUCUUCGUCUUCUCCAUCCUGAGGAAGGUGGCAUGGGACUACGGACGCCUGGCGCUGGUCACCGAUGCCGACAGCCGAAGACGAGACCGAGAUAACUAUGAGCCGGUCAAAAGCGUUGCCUCUGCGAUGCACUCGGAGACGCCAGACCGUUACGAACGUCUGACCUCCGUGUCGAGCUCGGUCGACUUCGAACAGAGAGACAACGGUUUCUGCUCGUGGUUGACGGCGAUCUUCAGAAUAAAGGAUGAAGAGAUCAGGGAGAAGUGUGGUGAGGACGCCGUUCACUAUCUAUCCUUCCAGCGUCACAUCAUCGGCUUGCUGGUCGUCGUCGGCGUCCUCUCAGUCGGAAUCGUCCUGCCAGUCAACUUCUCUGGAGACCUGCUGGUCAGAAUAAUCAGUAAAGACGCAUUCCUAAACCAAGGAGCACCUGGACCUCCUUCUAAAGAAGUAAAAAAGAAUCAACACAUGCGUAAAGUCAAAGAAAACAACGCCUACAGCUUCGGACGCACUACGAUAGCCAACCUGAAGUCUGGGACGAACCUGCUGUGGCUGCACACAGUGUUCGCCUUCAUGUAUCUGCUCCUGACCGUCUACAGCAUGAGGAGACACACGUCUAAGAUGCAUUACAAGGAGGACGACCUGGUGAAGCGCACUUUGUUCAUUAACGGCAUCUCUAAGUACGCCGAGGAGACUCAGAUCAAACAGCACUUUGAACAGGCGUAUGAGAACUGCACGGUGUUGGAGGCUCGGAUCUGCUACAACGUGGCCAAACUGAUGGCUCUGAACGGCGAGAGGAAGAAGACGGAGCGCAGCAAGAAGUUUUUCACCGACCUGAUGGCGAAGGAACACGUUCCCACAAUGAUCAACCCCAAACCCUGCGGACACCUCUGCUGCUGCGCCAUCACCGGCUGUGAGGAGGAGGAGGCGGUCAGCUACUACACCAAGAGGGAGUCCAAACUGAAGGAGGAGUACAGGAAGGAGAAGGAGAAGGUCCACACCAAACCGCUCGGCAUGGCCUUCGUCACCUUCCAGAACGAGGCUAUGACCGCCAUUAUUUUGAAGGACUUCAACGCGUGUCAGGUUCAGGGCUGUCGGUGUCGGAUGGAGCCACGAUCCUCUCAGUUCAGCGAGUCUCUUCAUGUUCACAAGUGGAGCGUUUCGUACGCGCCCGACCCGCAGAACGUACGCUGGGAGCACCUGUCUCUGGGCGGGAUCUCCUGGUGGAUCCGCUGUUUCAUCAUUAACUGCAUCCUGUUCCUGCUGCUCUUCUUCCUCACCACGCCCGCCAUCAUCAUCUCCACCAUGGACAAGUUCAACGUCACCAAACCCGUAGAGUAUCUCAACAAUCCGAUCGUCACUCAGUUCUUCCCCACUCUGCUGCUCUGGGCUUUCUCCUCUCUGCUCCCGACCAUCGUUUAUUACUCCGCCUUCUUCGAGGCUCAUUGGACCAGGUCAGGAGAGAACAGGACGACCAUGCAUAAAUGUUACACCUUUCUGAUCUUCAUGGUUCUGCUGCUGCCGUCUCUCGGGCUCAGCAGCCUGGAUGUUUUCUUCCGUUGGCUCUUUGAUAAGAAGUUCUUGGAUGAUGCUACAGUCCGGUUUGAGUGUGUCUUCCUGCCAGAUAACGGAGCGUUCUUUGUGAACUACGUCAUCGCCUCAGCUUUCAUCGGGAACGCCAUGGACCUGCUGAGGAUCCCCGGUCUGCUCAUGUACAUGAUCCGCCUGUGCCUGGCUCGCUCUGCCGCUGACCGCCGCAACGUCAAGAGGCACCAGGCCUACGAGUUUCAGUUUGGAGCGGCGUACGCCUGGAUGAUGAACGUGUUCACCGUGGUCAUGGCGUACAGCAUCACCUGCCCCAUCAUCGUCCCCUUCGGUCUGAUGUACAUGCUGCUCAAACACCUGGUGGACAGAUACAACAUGUACUACGCCUACCUGCCCUCCAAACUGGACAAGAAGAUCC